UCCGCGGCGACAAGCCACACCGACUGGUACCCAGGGAUCAGUGCGCCCUGUCCGGCUCUGCCACGGUGUUUUGCCCAGGGCAGCUCCACACAGGAUAACCGCUCUCUGGAGGUUUGGACACUCUGGACAGCAGCGCGCAGUGGAAGGACGGGAUUUAGUGGAGAAGUUGUCUUUCUUAGGAGCGGUGCCCGAGCGGAGGACUCUCGCUGUCAAGACUCGUGGAGGAUUUCUGACUUUUCUUUUUUGUUCACUUUCGCCAAAAAAAACGCGAGGACUUACGGAUUUUAACGCACUUUUGUGGGCUUAUGUGAAGUUUUAAAUGGUGAUUUUUCUUCCCUUGAACGCGUGGUGACAUCUGAAAGACUGGGAUUUGCUGUCAAGACUGGAUACUUUGGGUCCGUGUUGGGGAGUUGUUGGAUAGUUUCUUGCGGCAUCGGAGGCCGCCGUUCUGCCGGACAGCAUGCAAACGGAGGAUGUUGUCUGAGUCCGAGUCGGGCCUAGCUGCUCUGUGUGUCGCCUCGUCGUCCAGAGGAAUGACGGCUCUGUGGUGCUCACUCUGGCUCUCUGUCCUGCUGCCUCUCUGCGUCGCUCCGGCCCGGCUGCCCACCGCUCAGCCCACAGACUCUGUGUCCAGCGAGACAGCCUUCCUGGAGGACUAUGUUCUGGGCAUGGGGGACACCCUGGAAAUGUCAUGUGACAUGGAGGACCACUCGGAGCCCGUCGUCUGGUUCAAAGACGGCGCCGGGCUGGUGCCAGGUAACAGGACGCGGCUGGGCCAGAGGAUGUUACGUAUCAUCAACGUGUCGUACGAGGACUCAGGCGUCUACUCGUGCCGGCUCGCCCACAGCAACACGCUGCUCAGCAACUACACCAUCAGGGUGACAGAUUCUCUGUCAUCUGGUGAUGAUGAAGAUUACGAUGAAGAUCCAGAAGAUGCAGGUAAUGGAAAUGAAGCGCCGUACUGGACAAGGCCUGAACGGAUGGACAAGAAGCUUUUGGCUGUACCGGCUGCCAACACGGUCAAGUUCCGCUGUGCUGCAGCCGGAAACCCAACGCCGACCAUCCACUGGCUGAAGAACGGCAAGGAGUUCAAGGGAGAGCAGAGGAUGGGGGGCAUCAAGUUGCGACACCAGCAGUGGAGUCUGGUGAUGGAGAGCGCCGUGCCAUCAGACCGAGGAAACUACACAUGUGUGGUGCAGAAUAAGUAUGGCACCAUCACCCACACCUACCAGCUGGAUGUGCUAGAGCGGUCCCCUCACAGGCCGAUCCUUCAAGCAGGUCUCCCAGCCAAUCAGACGGUGGUGGUGGGCAGCGACGUGGAGUUCCACUGUAAGGUUUACAGCGACGCCCAGCCGCACAUCCAGUGGCUGAAACACAUCGAGGUCAACGGCAGCCGCUACGGCCCUGAUGGCGUCCCCUACGUCAACAUCCUGAAGACGGCUGGUAUUAACACCACGGAUAAGGAGCUAGAGGUUCUCCUCUUGACCAAUGUGUCUUUUGAGGAUGCGGGCGAGUACACUUGUUUGGCAGGGAACUCUAUCGGCUUUGCUUACCACUCUGCCUGGCUGACGGUGCUUCCAGAAGUGAACCCACAGAAGGAAGACUACUAUGCCGACAUCCUCAUCUACGUUACGGGCUGUGUGCUUUUCAUCCUCGCCGUUGUCAUCGUCGUCCUUUGCCGUAUGAGAAUGACCACUCAGAAGACGCUGCCCACGCCACCCGUGCAAAAGCUGUCCAAGUUCCCCCUCAAGAGACAGCAGGUGUCCUUGGAUUCCAACUCCUCCAUGAACUCCAACACGCCGCUGGUCAGGAUCGCCCGCCUGUCAUCCAGCGAUGGACCAAUGCUGGCCAACGUCUCAGAGCUGGAGCUGCCCUCAGACCCCAAAUGGGAGUUUCCUCGAACACGGCUGACUCUGGGUAAACCUCUGGGCGAGGGCUGCUUUGGACAGGUGGUGAUGGCUGAGGCGGUUGGCAUUGACAAGGAGAAGCCCAACAAGCCGCUCACUGUUGCUGUGAAAAUGCUUAAAGAUGACGCCACAGAUAAGGAUCUGUCAGACCUGGUGUCGGAGAUGGAGAUGAUGAAAAUGAUCGGGAAGCACAAAAACAUUAUCAACCUGCUGGGAGCGUGCACGCAGGACGGACCUCUGUACGUCUUGGUGGAAUACGCCUCUAAAGGUAACCUGAGGGAGUACCUGCGGGCGCGGCGGCCUCCGGGCAUGGACUACUCUUUCGACACGUGUAAAAUCCCAGACGAGCAGCUCACCUUCAAAGACUUGGUGUCCUGCGCCUACCAGGUCGCCCGAGGCAUGGAGUACCUCGCCUCGCAGAAGUGCAUCCACAGAGACUUGGCUGCCAGAAACGUCCUUGUGACGGAGGACAAUGUUAUGAAGAUCGCCGACUUCGGUCUCGCCAGAGACGUGCACAAUAUAGACUACUACAAAAAGACCACAAAUGGUCGUCUGCCCGUGAAAUGGAUGGCUCCGGAGGCUCUGUUCGACCGGGUCUACACGCACCAGAGCGAUGUGUGGUCUUAUGGGGUGUUGUUGUGGGAGAUCUUCACCCUGGGUGGAUCUCCGUAUCCAGGGAUCCCUGUAGAGGAACUGUUCAAGCUGCUGAAGGAGGGACAUCGGAUGGACAAACCUGCAAACUGCACACAUGAACUGUACAUGAUCAUGAGGGAGUGCUGGCACGCCGUGCCGUCGCAGAGGCCGACCUUCAGACAGCUGGUGGAAGAUCAUGACCGGGUUUUAUCAAUGACCUCCACCGACGAGUACCUGGACCUGGCCGUGCCCUUCGAGCAGUACUCGCCCACCUGUCAGGACUCCAACAGCACCUGCUCCUCAGGAGACGACUCGGUUUUCGCCCACGACCCGCUGCCUGACGAGCCCUGUCUUCCCAAACAGCUCCCCAGUAACGGGGUGAUCAGGACAUAAAAGCUGAGCCAGGGAGGAGGAGGGGGGAGGAUUGAACAUUGACCUCCUCUCUUAGAAACUCCUCUCAGUGACUCCUUAAAGUGUGGAAAUUCAGACUCUGCAUGCGACUCUUCCACAGCUCGUCUUAAGCUCUUUUGGACUCUUCUUCAGACUCCUCAACCAGUGAAGGAUCAUUUUUUUGCCGUUAAACCAUGUUUAUGUUCCAUUUUUCAGAAAAGAAAUUAUAUUUUUGUACUCGGGCCAGUCUUUUCUUAUGGACAAUCUGUGGGGUGAAACCAUUCCGUGCCUACUGGGAUUAAAAAACCUCCUGAGACUUUAAAAAUGACUAAAAGGUUAUAAGAGGAGGAAAUGAAGGGCAUUGGUCAGUGGCUAGUAGGCGAGGACCUCCGAUUUUUAUCCUUUCGUCUUCACAGAGCUUUCAGAUCGUGCAGAUCUUAAAGAAAAUCCAUCAACAAGAUACCAGCAAAGCCAGAAUCAACUCAAUGAUGGGACUUGUUCUUCCUAUGACUCUCGAAAACUCGUCUCAGCUUUUACAGAACUCAACGAGGAGCAUCACAAGAGCUUAAAAUGUGUUUUCUUAUGAAUUUUUACACCAUUUUAACAUCCAGAGAAAACAUUUUGUGUAACAAAUUCCUCAUCAAACAUGAGGCGAACUUUCAGGGCCAUCAGUAAUUAGAACAGCAAGGUUUGGAGGUUUUAUAUAUAUCUAGAAAAUGAUUUAUUGUAAAUAUAUAAAUGGAAAUAUGUAUCAUGAUGCUGUCCACAGACAUGUACUUAAAAGACAAAAAAACUACAUUUUUUAAAGUAUUGUUUUUAGGAUGGAAGCAUUGCAAUCUAGAAGACACUGUCAUGAAAGUGUAAAUCAUUUAAUCGUUUAAAGUGACACAGAAAAGGUUUAUUUGAAUAAUUAACGUGUAUAUUUGUAAAGAUAUUUAUAGACUUAACAUGUGGUUCUUAAGUUUGAAAGGUCUAGUUUAGGUUUUUAGUACUGUACGCAAAGAUUUUUAUUUCUUUUUUUUUUUGUAACUUAUUUUACAACAGAACUGCGAUGUUAUUUUUCAUGACAGGUAGACUCCUCUGGUUUUUGAUCCAUCUUUUUGUUUCUUUGUUUACAGUUUUAGAAUAAUAAGAAUGUAUGACAGAGGUGAAGAUGAUGUUCGAGAGCGAGUGUGAUUCGACCUCCAGAGGACGGACUCGAGGACUGAAGGCUCACGUGAAAGGAGCCCGAUGUCUCUGUCGAGUUCAGAUCCUGGUCUGAAAAGAUGACGUUUGCAAUAUGAAAGCAACGAUUAGCUCUUGCUGGGCAAGAAAUAGCAGCGCUUCGAGUUAUGUACCAGAGAGGCCUUUUAGAUUGACUGAAGUACUUAAAGACAUCGACGAGAACGAGCUGUGAAAAAGCCUUCAGAGAUCCUCAGCUGGUCUUUAGGAAAAAAAUCCUCUUUCAUUAUGUAGCGUCUUCGUUCUUCAAAUCCCCAAAACAGAAUGAAAUAAUGCCCUUCAAAUACACAUUUAGGAAGCUUGUACUAAAAAACAGCAAAUCCCAGAAUGCAACGCGUCUCUAGUGAGAUUUCUUUAGUCAUAUCAUUAAACUUUCAAAAACUUUACUGUUAUAAAGUUAGUCAUUAGAAAAAAAAGAGGAAAUUCCUGAAGAAGAAAGCACAAUUUUUGACAAAACCUAGUCUAAGAACUACAGUUCCCAGAAUGCCUUUAGCUUUUUAAGAAUAUUAUUCCGCUUCGCACCUUGCAAGAACAUGUGAAAACUUGCCCAAGAACCAGCAUUAGCCAUAGAUUAUCAAGGAAAACAACAAAACACAGCUGAGUCACUCAUUUAUAAGGUUAUGGCACUUUUGUCUGCAAUGCAUUCUGGGGGUUUGAGUCCAUGAAGAAAUUAGUGUGCUGUAUUUGAAAUGCUGAUUUCUGAAAUUCUGGGUUUUUGAUUAACUGUGAUAUUGCAGAAAGCAACUGCAACCCACUUUCAAAAAAGUUGGGACAUUGUGUAAAGUGUAAAUCAGGACCAGAAAAGUUUAUCUGAAAAUAAAACUCCAUUCUGAGUUUAGUAUUCAGAAGAUUACAAUGCUUUUAGCUGCAAUGUAUUCUGGGAUUCUGAGUCCACACACGGAGAUAAUGAUCUGCAAGCCAGUGAACCCUUUUACUUAAUACAUGGUUCAAAUAAAUGACAUCAUCUGUUAUCAAAAGAACAUUUAAAACAAAUCAAGCUAUGAACUACAAUUCCCAGAAUGCCAUUAGAAGCUCUUAAAGAAACUGUUGCAUUUUUGGUCUUGCAAAACCAUAUGAAAACUUGUCCAAGAACAAACAUUAUCUGUACAUUAUGAAAACAAUGUAGAAUUUCAAUAAAAACAGGGAAGUUUAAUGUAAAAAAAGUUAACCCCAUAUUUGCAUGAUUUACGAUGAGAGGAAAACACAUGGCGUUAUCGGUAAACAGUGAAAGCAAUUUUAGCCAAGAUGUGAACUAUGGACUACUGUACCCAGAAUGCCUUUAGCAGCUUUUUUAAGAAUAUUUUUAAAUUUUGGUUUGUAGAAGACAAGUUAAAACCUGCUCAUAACCUAACAUCAGUUGUAGAUUGUCAAGGAAAAUAAAAACUAAGAAAAGUUGAGUAUUUUUAAGGUUAUGGCACUUUUGGCUAUGAGCAUUUUGGGAAUCUGAGUCCACAAAAAGGGUUAAAAAAAAAAAAAACAUGGUGCCUCUCUACUUUAAAGAUUGAUUUCCUGAAGUAGAAAAUCGUUAUAUUUAAAUUCUUGACACUAAAUCUUACUUUAACAUUGGAUACACCAUAUCAUUUAAAGGGAUAUGCAUUCUGCAAUGCAUUCUGGGAUUCAGAGUCCACAAAAGGCAUUAUUUUUCUGCUCCAAUUUCAGGAGUGGCUUCAGUCAGUAAAAACAGAGACUCUUGUUAUUUUAUCUGGUAGCUUUGACAUUAAUUGCUGAUAGUCAAUAUUACUUAGAUGGGAUAGUCUGAAAUAGUAACUUGGACAUCAUUUCUAAAAAAAUUGGGACAUUAUGUAAAAUGAAGUUAUAUUUUGCACCAAUACACCUCCUAUUUAGAUGAUAAUUAUGUGCAGUUUGAACUUGAGAAGGACAAAAUGUUUCAAAAUAGUUGGGACUUGAAAAGUUGUAGAAUAAUUACAUUAUUCAAUGUUCCAUCUUGCACGGGAUUGGGUUUGUAUAAACUAUUAUGUGGUGUUUUCUAACAUUAACAUGCUUUAGUUUCUGAGGAUUUUUUUCUUUUAAAGCUCUCUCUGAAGGCUGUAUACUCUUAUGUUGUAAAAGAAAGGUGACAGGGUCGAGGCUAACAAGCUGUGUGCACACUUAUGGAUAGAUGAAUCAGCUUAAAGGCAGAAAUGUAAAGCUGGUACGUCCUUUUGUGCUUGAGCGUUCCUAAAAACCUGCCCAGACGCUUGAGAUUUUAUCGCUGCUCUAUAGUAUUAAAACUGAAAUGAAGGCAUGCUGCGUGAGUUCACACAGCAGGAAAAGAAACUAUAUAAACAGUAUAUAUGUUUUAAAAGAGACUCUGAAGUCUGAGGUGGAUCCUUCUUCCAGCUAAGAGUAAAAGUGCCAAAUUAGUCUUAAAGUCUGUCUCACCGAGUUCUCUAGAUCUCUGAACCAAAUACUGCACUGUCGAAUGUAGGCUGGCGGUGGUUUCACGUGCAGGGGAGGAUCAUGGGAUUGCCAAAUGUAUAUCCACCCUUUUAUUAUGCAGUCGUAACUCCAGCUGACCCCAAAAAAACACAAGGGUUGAAAUGUUUACAGUCUGUUUUUAGCAAAGUCACAAAAGGGAAAGAGCAUUCAGGUGGCAUUGAAGGGUUCACAAUCACGAUCCACUCGCUGCUAAAUGGAAACAGUGUUAACUUUUUACUGUGCAAUGGCCUUUUUUCAAGUGUGUGAACUGAAUUUAUGUGGAGAAAUUUAUUGUGAUUACCCAACAAGACUGUGUCAGUACUUAAUGAGAGCUUCCUUAAAUUUAAAGUACUUAAAGAGUGAGAAUUUGUAUUUAAAUAUGAUGCUACACUGGUCAAUUUGUAUGUUUUUAUCACCGAUUUGUGUACCUUUUCAUUGUUGUAAGCACCAUAAGAAGGCCUUUGUAAAGUGAGAGGUUAAACACAUUUAAUGGUAUUUCUUUUUUUCUGAACAGUUUUGUAAUUUUGGCCCGAAUCUAUGAAGUGCCUCAAACGAUUUAGUGUAAAAAAAAAAAAAGAAGAAGAUGAAUUGAUUCAUUUUGGUCACAUUUUGAAUGUAUAAAUGCAAAAAACCAUAAAAAUAAAAAGCAGUUCUCACUAGAAGCAGGCUAUGUACAUAUUAGUCUGAUUUUUCUUCCCAACUGAACGAGACAAGAAGGCACUUGUGUAAAGUUUGGAUGGAUCUAAUGAAACGGAUGCUGUUUGUUUUAUUUAUUCUUCCAUGCUGGGUAAAAGCUUUCCCUAUGGUGAGAGUAUUUUUAUUCAUAGCUAUCUGCUUUUCAGUGUUGUUUUUCAUUAAAGAGCCAGAAGACGAU